UGGGCGCGGGGCCCGGGCUGCGGUGGGGACGGCGGCGUCUGGGGCCCCCGCGGAACUCCGCCUCGCGACCCCAGCGCCGGCUGGACUGGGCGGCCAGCGUCAUGACCCUGUUCCACUUCGGGAACUGUUUCGCCCUCGCCUACUUUCCCUACUUCAUUACGUAUAAGUGCAGCGGCCUGUCUGAGUACAACGCCUUCUGGAAAUGCGUCCAGGCUGGGGUCACCUACCUCUUUGUGCAGCUUUGCAAGAUGCUGUUCCUGGCCACUUUCUUUCCCACUUGGGAAGGCGGCAUCUAUGACUUCAUUGGGGAGUUCAUGAAGGCCAGCGUGGAUGUGGCUGACCUGUUAGGCCUGAACCUUGUCAUGUCCCGGAAUGCCGGCAAAGGGGAGUACAAGAUCAUGGUUGCUGCCCUGGGCUGGGCCACCGCUGAACUCAUAAUGUCCCGCUGCAUCCCCCUCUGGGUCGGAGCCCGAGGCAUUGAGUUUGACUGGAAAUACAUCCAGAUGAGCAUAGACUCCAACAUCAGUCUGGUCCAUUACAUCAUUGCAUCUGCCCAGGUCUGGAUGAUAACUCGCUACGAUCUGUACCAUACCUUCCGCCCAGCAGUCCUCCUGCUAAUGUUCCUUAGUGUCUACAAGGCCUUUGUCGUGGAGACCUUUGUCCACCUCUGUUCCCUGGGCAGCUGGACAGCAUUGCUGGCUAGAGCAGUGGUGACGGGGCUGCUGGCCCUCAGCACACUGGCCCUGUAUGUCGCUGUUGUCAACGUGCACUCCUAGGCUUGGUGUUCAAGCGUUCACAUAUCUAUUUCCUGUCUUUCCCAGAGUUUCAGUAAACAGUGUUUGGAAAGUUA